GGAGGCCAUAAGGAGGGACGACAAAGAGCAACCCCUUAUAGUUAAUGUUUCAGUUUGUUGAAAAUCCAACUUCACAUAAAACGGAGAAAGACGAACAGAGAAGUUUAAUGUUUCACCACCAUGUUCUGACUAUUGCUGCAACAGAGAUAACCUGGUUGUGAAAAAGCUCCACCCACUUGCUUUUACCUCCACGCUCAAGUUGUUGCUGUCCCAAAUCCAAUGGCAAAGAGAGAUGCGGACGCACCUCCUCCUCCCUACUACCCUGCUGGUCUACACACUCAGCCCCCUCUCAGGCAAUAUGAAGAAGUGGUGUAUGGCUCAAACCCAGGGCUGACACUCCCAAACCAGCCCCGUUAUAUCCCCCGCUAUCCCCCACCUGUUGUUUCACCCCCAGUUACUGAACCCAGUUCACUGCCUAAGAAGGAAAAUAACUGCUGUGGAAACAAGGCUCAGCUCUACAAGGUGGCAGCAGCGGUUCUACUGGUGCUUGUUCUGCUGGGAGUCGCUAUAUUUCUUGGAGUUUAUUUUGGCACCAAGGCAUUAGCGGACGCAGAGUAUGGUGACAACAGCAAACACAAUCUUGACGAAAACAAUGUUUUGCUUCAGCAUGACACCUGCUCCAACCACACUGUCCAGUGUGACGCAGUCAAGGACUGCCAACUGGGCUCUGAUGAAACAAACUGUGUUCAAUUCGGAACGAGCAACAGCCUGGAGGUGAAAACAGCCCAAGAUGGACGCUUCCUACCAGUGUGUUACAGUGGCUGGAACAAGGAAUAUUCUGACCGUGUCUGCUCACAGCUCGGAUUAAGAUGGUCUUAUUUAAGUGAAGAAAUUGAUUCCAGUCCAUCCAAGGCUUUAAAACUGACCAGCAAUUCAGCUUCUCUUGUUCAGGGUCUCUUUACUACCAGUUCUUCCUGUCCAAACGGCAAGACCGUCUCCCUGCAGUGUGUGGACUGUGGCAAACAGCCGGCUACAUCCCGGAUCAUUGGGGGCACUGUGUCUAAAUCGGGUCAAUGGCCUUGGCAGGUGUCGCUUCAAUUCAAAGGAUCCCACGUCUGUGGUGGUGUCCUGAUCUCACCGGAUUUUGUGCUGACCGCUGCUCAUUGUUUCCCCAAUGAGUACCUCUCUGCUGAAAACUGGAAAGUGUAUGCUGGAAUUGUGUCUCUGGAUAAACUAACUCAGCCCUACCUGGUUCAGAAGAUCAUACUCAACGAGAACUACAACGGCAAGACCAGUGACCAAGACGUUGCUCUUCUUAAGCUUACAUCUCAAGUUACUUUUAAUGAUUAUGUUCAGCCAGUCUGCCUUCCACUCAAUGGCCAGGACUUUCCACAGGGAACCAGUUGCUGGACGUCUGGUUUUGGCACUACUAAGGCAGGAUCUGGAACCGUCUCAAAGGACCUAAUGGAAGUGAGUGUGGACAUCAUUAGCACACAGGUGUGCAACACUCCAUCGGUAUACGGAGGUGCAGUGACCAGUAAUAUGAUUUGUGCUGGGAAAUUGGAAGGAGGCAAAGAUUCCUGUCAGGGUGACAGUGGAGGACCUUUGGUUUGUAAAGGAGACAGUCGUUGGUACCUGGUGGGGCUCACCAGCUGGGGAUCGGGUUGUGGUGACGUAAACAAGCCUGGUGUCUACACCAGAGUGAGCAGUGUUCUUUCUUGGGUCUACAGCAAAUUGCAGCAAGUGAAACCUUAAUAUCUCCUACAUGUCCAGCCUGGCUAAUGAAGUCUGCACUGCAAACUCAUGUUUGAUGAAGAAAUUGCAACAUAGUGAUGAGAAGAAGCUACAGACUGAAAACAAUCAUAUAAAAGGUUACAUGUUGGCUUAUGGGGGAAAGAUAAGUUAACUAGAAAGAUAAUAAAUAUUAAAGAAGUUGAUUCAAUAUCAAUGUAGCACUUUUGAUUUUGGGUGUUUCACUCUUACAUUAGCUGGGCUUCAAAAAUGGCUCACCUUUCUAUAUUUAAUUUUUGCCAAUGACAGACCUUAUUAUCAUAAUUCCACUGAUCAAAGGUAGACUUUAAAAAUGAUGAAGGAAUAUAAAUUUAUAAAUAUAUAUAUAUGUAGAGAGAGAUUGUCAAUAGGUAUGUUCUUCUUAUUGUUGUCUGUCUGUUUACAGUUUAGAAAUGUACAUUUUACUUUAUACUGAAAUCAAAGAGAUUUGAUACAUGUUUUUGGAAUUUUGUGAAUAUAAACAAAUUUUUGUGGA